CCUCAUGGCGAUCGCCUCCGUGGCCACAGAGUACGUGUUUUCGGACUUUCUGUUGAAGGAUGCCACGGAGACGAAGUACAAAGGCGUCCGUCUGGAGCUGGCCGUGGACAAAAUAGUGACGUUUCUGGCCGUGGGGCUGCCUUUGUUUCUCAUCUCGCUCGCUUUUGCUCAGGAGGUCUCCGUGGGGACGCAGAUUAGCUGCUUUGCUCCCACCAACUUCUCCUGGAGGCAAGCUGCAUAUGUGGACUCGUUCUGUUGGGCCGCAGUGCAGGACCAGGCAGAGAGCUCAACGCUUUGGCUGCACAAGUUUUUCCCCUACAUCCUUCUCCUAAUUGCCAUCCUCAUGUCGGUCCCCGCCGUGACCUGGCGUUUCACCGCGGCGCCGCACCUCUCGUCUGACCUCAGCUUCAUCAUGGAGGAGCUGGAUCGGUUUUAUAACCGCGCCAUUAAACUGGCCAAGAAUCUGGCCUCUAUAGAUGACAAGGACGGAGCGCAGGACAGUCAGAGUGCCUUGGAGCUGGCGGAGGGCUGCUUUAAGUACCCUCUCGUGGAGCAGUACCUAAAGACCAAGCGCUCCUCCUGCAGCCUGGUGGCCCAGUACAUGGCCUGCCGGGGCCUGACUCUCCUCGUCCUCCUGCUGGCUUGCCUCUACCUCGGCUACUACAUCUUCCUGGCUUCGCUCACCGACGAGUUCCCGUGCGACCUGCGCACAGGGCUGCUGAGGAACGACAGCGCGGUGCCGUCCGCUGUCCAGUGCAAGCUGGUGGCGGUGGGCGUCUUCAGGCUGCUCAGCUACAUCAACCUGUGCGUGUACGCUCUCCUCGCUCCCCUGGUGGCGUACGCGGCUCUGGGACCGGCGCGGCAGAGCUCCGGCUUCCUCCGGCCCUACGAGAUGCUGCCCGGAUUCGGCGCUCUGGGCGAAGUCAAGCCCGCCUACAACGACCUGAGCGUCUACCUGCUGUUCCUGAAGGAGAACCUGAGCGAGCUCAAGUCCUUCAAGUGUCUGCAGGUGCUGCAGUUGUUGCAGCAGACUAGCGAUGAGGGGUUUGACACGAUGUGUCUGCUGCAAACUCUGGGCCAGGUGAAAACCGACGUGCUGGACAGCCACAAGGCGCGCUCCGACAAGAACGUCAGCGAGGCGAAUAAGCCUAAGCAGCCAUUGAGCUGAAGCAAGAUCGUACGGCCUUGUGUCUGAACGGCGAAGAGGCGAGGAGGAGAGGAACUGGGAGGAGAACCGGUGCACUUACUUUCAUCUAAGAUGCUGGAUGUGUGAAUUUAGAAUCGGCGUUUUACGAUUAGUGCCGACCGUCUGCAUGGUUUGACCAAAAUGAGGUUUAGCUUCCACGCAGGUAAUUCCGAAUGCAAGAAUAAUUCCCAGGAGAGAUAAAUUGGGUUUAGUUUAAGGGUCUGUUGCUUAUUGCCGAUCCUGUAUCUUUUAUAAAAUGAAUGUUGUGUGAUCGCACAGUACUUUACACGGAGUCCAAUUUAUCUUCUUUAAUCCAAGAUUACCAUGUUGUUUUGAGCCGGAGAAAGCCUUAAACAAGAUAA